AUGAAUGGUUAGGUUCCAGGGUACAUCAUCCCGAAAAACCACCUACGGUUCCAUUUCUUUGGCCUGCUUUAUUGUAAUGCGCAUCACCGUGGUUCCAACAGCUCUCAUCCGCCCUGCUUCUGCCCUGGGAUUUCUUUCCCUACUUCGAAAAGCAACAACAACAAUCACAAAAAAUCAACAAGGUCAUCAAAUUGACCACACUGUCCGAUUAUUAUCGUUCCCUCAACAGCUUCCGACUACUACGAGUAAAUUUUCUCUGUCGCCUACCAUACAACACGCAAUGGCAAGCCUCAAUGUCCAGACCCCCAGCACCAUCCCCGCUCCCACAACCCUCCUCACCCUCCCCGCCGAGAUCCUCAUCCAAAUCAGCGGCAACCUGUGCAUCCACUGCCGCCAUCCCCGCAUCGGCGAAAUCCCCCACGACGAAGCCGCCAGCGCGAUUCACGACCAAAGCGCGCUCGCCAGUCUCAGCGCGUCCUCCAGACACCUGCGCGCUGCCACCCAGCCGGUCCUCUUCCACUUCUUCCACUCGCUCGCCGGCCACGCCGACACCCGCCGGCGCCUCGCCCGCUUCGUGCGCACCCUCCACCGCCGCCGCGACCUGGCCGCAUCCGUCCGGAGCCUGGUCCUCUGGACGCCCAACGACUACCUCCUGUACGUCCCGCACGAGGAACAGCUGGUGCUCGCGGUCAGGGACGACGACGACGACCACACGCUCCGGCAGUACGGCUCGCUCGACGACCUGCAGGACCUCGCGAUCACGCUCGCGCCGGGCGUCACGACGUGGAGGGACUGGACGCAUCCGAUGGAAGGGCUCCGGCACGUGGUGCUGGUUGGGUGGCGCAAGGGCUGGCCCCGGGAGGAGUACUCGUUCCAUGUCAAGGAGGCUCGGGCGUUUCUACGGUGCGCGAGGAACCUGGAGAGUCUUGUCGCGGCCGACUGCGGCGCCGACGGGCCUGACCCGCACCAAUGGGUGGGCGGCCGCGAUGGCUUGAAGGCGUUGCCGUGGGAUGUGGAGUUGCCCCGGUUGAGGAAGCUGUCCAUCAGCGGCGAGAAUAUUGGCGUCGAGGAGGCCGAGGCUAUCGUCCGGCACAGUACCGUGUUUGAGGAUUUGGAAUUGUUCCAGGGCGGCGUGACGUUUGGACGGCCUGUGCUAGAUCCAGAAAGGCACCUGGGCACUGCGAAGGAGACGCUGAAGAGGUUGUGUUAUUCGGCCUUUCCGAUUAAGGCAAGGUUGACGCAAGAUGAUGUUUGUGAGGGCGAGGAGUAUGACGGGACCGAUGAAGAUGAUGACGAGGACUACUUUGACCCUACUUGGCAUAGGCUCGGGGGGUUUGAGGCUGGCCUUUCGCUGAAGGAUUUCUCUGCUCUUGAGACGCUGGAGCUGGAGCAGCUUGUAUUGUACGGGCCGGUGUUUGAGGAGCCCGACAACGUGGAGAGCGACCGUAGCUGUGAGGCGGUGACGACGGACGAGUUUCUGGCAAAGCUUCCGCCAUCGCUGGUGCGUCUUCGCCUGGGUUGCAUUUUCUACUGGCCGAUUGUGUUCAGGGAUAUUCUGGCCAUGGCCCGAGAGCGUGCCCGUUUUCCGAAGCUUGGGUCUGUUACGCUUGAGGUCCGAAGAAUACCGCCGAGGGAGGAUCUCGACUGUCUGGUCGAAACAUUCCGGGAGAUGCUCCUCGAGGACCCGACCUGCGACGCCACGUCGAUUCUCGCCAAGGCGGGCGACACAGUCGUGGGCCUAUACGUCGGUUCCGAGAUACGCAAGCCGUCCGCGGCACCCCUCCUGGAGCGCUUCAACGAGUUCGCCCCCGGGAACAUCAACAGCGUCCCGAGUCGCCAGGCCAGUGCUCAGGUCUGCGGCCCAGCGGGCAAGCGGUCGGCUGCGCACACCUUCGGCGUCAUCUACGACACGACCGGCCCUGUCGACGCCGUGCGCGACGCCAUUGCCCAAUGGACCAAGGCUGAGUGCCUGUCGGGCUUCGGCGCCUCCGAGACGUGGAAGGAUCAAAAGUUCAAGAUCAUCCCGGCUAUCGCCAUGACCAUGGGCGCAGACGCCGUGCUCCACGCCAACGCCACCAGCAGCGGCAACUCGAGUUACUCAACUCUGGCUGCCGAGAGACGCAGCCACGGCAGAAUCGCCAGUCAGCACCUGCGACCGGACCAGUCGCCCAACCCGGCAAGCCACCCGUUCCGCGUCAGUGCUGUCGGCACCACGCUCGAGGCCCGCGCCGACUGCAAAGUUGCGCGCGUCGAGUCCGGCGACGGCUGCUGGUCCAUGGCCCAGCGGAGGUGCAACCCCAAGAUCUCGGUUGACGACUUUUACAAGUACAACGGCGGCAGUGACAAGAUCUGCGGCUCUAUGAAGCCCGGCGACUACGUCUGCUGCUUGCCAGGCACCAUGCCGAACAUGGAUCCCAAGCCGAACACCGAUGGCACGUGCAAGUACGUGCAGGUCCAGCAAGGCGACACCUGCGACAGCACUGCCGAGAGCCGCUGCCCCGAGCGGGUCAGCCUCGGCCAGCUCGCCAAGUUCAACGGCGGCAGCCAGUCCUUCUGCGCCAACCUCAAGCUCAAGUCGGUAGUCUGCUGCUCCCAGGGCACCAAGCCCGACCUGCGGCCCAAGAAGAACCCCGACGGCUCGUGCGCCACCCAUGUCGUCCGGAAGGACGAGCUCUGCUUCGACAUCCAGGAGAAGUAUCUGCUAGAGCAGGGCGACAUCGAGAAGUUCAACCGGAAGAAGACGUGGGGCUUCACCGAGUGCAGGGAGAUGAAGCAGGACAUGAUCGUCUGCAUCAGCGACGGCAAUCCGCCCCUCCCCGCUGCCAUCGAUAACGCCCUCUGUGGUCCCCAGAAGCCCGGCACCGUUCGUCCUACCAACGGCACCGACCUGGCCGCCCUGAACCCGUGCCCGCUCAACGUCUGCUGUAAUACCUGGGGUCAGUGCGGGACCGCUAUCGACUUCUGUAUCGACACCACGGUCGAUGGGGCCCCCGCCACCGCCGCGAAGGACACGUACGGCUGCAUCUCCAACUGUGGCAUGGAUAUUGUCAACAACAAACAGGCGCCGGCCAAGUUUGAGCGCAUCGCGUACUUUGAGGCCUGGAAUCACAACCGCCCGUGCUGUUACCGACCGCACACCAUCAUCCACCUCGCCUUUGGCUGGAUCAACGAAGACUUCACCGCCAGCGUCAAGGACGCCGAGGAGCAGUUUGAGAAGUUCGUCAAGACGGGCACCAAGCUCAAGCAGGUCCUUUCUUACGGAGCCUGGGCCUUUUCCAACGAGCAUCCCACCAGCCACAUCAUCCGCCGGGCCGUCCGGCCUGAGAACCGUCUCGUCUUUGCUACCAACGUCGUUGACUUUGUCAAGACGCACAGUCUGGCUGGUGUUGACUUCGACUGGGAAUAUCCCGGUGCCGACGACAUCGAAGGCGCCGAUCCGGGGACUACCGAGGACGGCAACAACUAUCUGGAGUUUCUAAAGAUGGUGGUCGACUAUAUUGUCUAUAUGACGUACGAUCUGUAUGGCCAGUGGGACGUCGGCAACAAGUACGCUGCCGAGGAUUGCGAACUGGGCAACUGCACCAACACGUCUGGAUAUAUCUCCGAGGCCGAGAUCUGCCAGCUGAAGAAGAUCUACGACAGCAUCGGCGGUGAGUACUACGAUUACUACGACUAG